CCGCACACACAAUGUCAGAAGAACCAUUCACAGAAGAACAGUUGCGUGAGCUCCUCCAGACCUACAAAAACGGUCUCACAGUCUGGCAGACCGCAAUCUCGAACCCCGCCGCAAUUGCGGAGAUCAAGGCCGCACAAGUACCGGAUCCCAUCGCUGAGCUUGUGAAACUCUCAAAAAUCAUGCAUGCGUUGGCGACGAAGACCGGAAUCGUGUUCAAGCCCGGUCCCGUGCCCGUAAACGCGGCGUACAAGCAGGUGCGUGAGGCAUCGGAGAAAAUUGUGUUGUACGUGACGCUUGUGGCGCAGCUCGACGCGGCGACGUACUCAGACAUCUUCGUGAAGGAGGCGGUGCACCGUGUGAAGCAAGUGUUGCACUCGAAUGAAAAGUUAGUGGUGCACUUGGAGGGGAUGGACCUUGCGGCGGCACCAUCGAGGGAGGUUUCAGCCGAGGAGGAGGCACAGGACGUGCGUUUAAUCACCGUGGGGCUCAUCUGGGCUGCAUGCGACGCGGUGGUGGAGUUGUGUGAAAAGGGCAAAAAGGGGUUGUUGAACGUGAAAAUCAAAGAGUCGUCGUCGAUGUUGGUGGACGCCGUGCAAGAGUUGGAGGAAUGGAUCGAAAACCCUGACGACUUUGACGACGAGGAUCCAUUUGGGCUCGACCUUUCGGAUGACGAGGCGUUGGUGGAGUCCGAUGGUAGCGUGUCGGAGGAAGAUUUGAGCGAGCUUUUGGCGUUCGCCAAGACCUGGGUUCAGAAGCUGAAACUCAUCAAGCUUCUUUUCUCGUCCGUGCACAAGUCCAUUCCGAUAGAGAGCAAGAUUACCGGUGAGCACAUUAACACAAUUUACAAGUACGUCACAGAAAUCACCGGUAACAUCGAUGAGUUGGUGGUUACUGCCAUGAUGAACCGCGACGUCGAUGAGUGCAAGAAAACCAGUGUCGAGAUUACUAAUGAUGCCAAGAGCUUGGUCAUGUUUGUGCGCAGCUUGAAUUCCGGCAACUAUCAGAAAACAAAGUGGGUCGACACCUGGUUGUUGAAGUUUAACGAAUAAGGAGUUCGUUGAUAGCGCCCGAAAUGAAUUUAUAUUUGUGUAUGGGUGCAUCACCGAUAAGGUCGCUCAUUUGGCUGGCAAAUUUAGGUGA